GUCCGCGCGUGCGCGCUGUCGCCCCCCGGCGCGGACCCCGUGCGCAUCACGGCCGUCCCCAACGUCGGCUGGCGGCCGCAAGUCGCCUCGCAGAUGGAGAGAGAUUACAAGAAGUCUGCAUGUGAUAGAGAGAGAACGCGCAUGCGCGACAUGAACCGAGCCUUCGACCUGCUGCGGGAGCGACUGCCAACGUGCAAGCCGCAGGGCAAGAAACUCUCCAAGAUAGAGUCCCUCAGGCUGGCGAUCCGCUACAUCCGGCACCUGCAGGCGCUGCUGGAGGAGCCGCUGCCGCCGCCAGAGCCCGCGGGCCUCAGCCUGGGGGUGGGCCUGGGCCUGUCGCCGCAGCCCGCCCCCGCCGCCGCCCCCGCUCCCGUCGGCUGCUACUGUCCGGACCCCUCGUGCCAGCCGCCCCCGCACGCCUUCGGCUACGGCUACUACCUGCCCUCGGAGAUGGCUGCCCUUCACCAGCCCACCGUCGACUACUCGUUCCUGCAGCACUACUGAUCGCCGCGCCGCCACCUGACCGAACGGACAAAGACGGGACCCAACGCCAGUAGAGCUCGGAUUCCAUCCCCCCUCCCCGUCACCUUGUCUCUCUCGUUGCUACUACUAGUCGUCAGCGUUUCAUAAAACCCAUAUAUUCCACACACAAAGGUUAUGGAAGAUUUUGUUACAAUUUCAUCCAUAGUUAAAUAUGGAACAGAUUCGUAUCUAAAUGUUUUGUGACUAGUGAGUGUUUAGUAUUUUUAAGAUAUACGACGCAUCAGUGACCGCAACUGGCUCUAUCUACCACAUGAACAGUCCUCACUAACUAUCAAUUCCUUUGUUGCUUUGCCUUACGAUACACUGUCAUUUCUAGAGUCUAUUAUCACAGGAUACGAGUUAUAAUUUAUCGUUUAUAGUUGUGAGUCUGUUCUCAUAAUUCUAAUGCUUUCAGAGUCCGUCCUCAGACGCAUUCCACAACUUUUCUUUUUUAUUUCAGUCGUACAGGGAAGGCUAUAGCUGGCAGACCUAAGAAAAGACUUACAACGAUGAGAUUACGCGUUCUAAGGCCCAACUGAUCAUGAAUUACGACAAGCCCAACGAAGGUUACAGCAGCGGAAUAGUGUAUGGUCCAGCAGAACUACCUAGGAAACUUCAACUUGCGAUGAGUGGUUUCAUCUGUUAAAAUAUAUAAGAAAACCAUACCGCUCGGACAAAAAUUAGUUUCCUCUUAUGUAAAAACAGAUAACAGGUACUUACGUUGCACCAUUUUGUUUGACCUCCGUACAGUAUUUAAUGCGUUUGUUUUACGACAUAGUAGGAAAUAUUUUCCACAGCCCCACAGUAAUUUCAGGGAAAAUGUUAAUUCAUCAGCUAGACACACUUCUCAUUUAUGUUUCCACCGGAUAACAAGCCUUAUUAUUUUACGCUUUACUUAGAAGGUGCAAAUAAAAAUCUAAUCAUUCGUAAUUACGGUAACGCCGAUUCGGGAACAGAAACCAUAUGGGAUGUAAUAGCUGCCAUAAAAUAGAAAUCUAUUAGUAAUUCUUAUUUCCUUUUAUAAUUUGUUUUCCUUUUAUAUUCCACACGUAAGUAGUCAGACAGUUGAAAUACACCUUAUAGGUGCCAACCAACCAUUACAUAUAGAUUACCAUUGCACAUAUACAUUGCCUUUAUGUGGCGAGAAUGGUGUUUACAUGAAGCAUCUGAAAUAGAUGGACCACUGAUAUACGGUAGUAUAACUCUAGUCAGAGUGCAAACGCAUACGUACGGCAUAACCGUGAUCGCUAGCGUAUACUUUUAUCGACUGACAACGACAUAGUCAUAAUAAGGGGAAGCUGCGGUUCUCAUUCAGCACUGGAACUUCAGUGUUGCAUCUAACGACUGAGAACGCCCCAGAUCGAACCCAUAAGCUGCUAUUAAACUUUGCAUAGAGUUAUUUUCUACAGAAUUACCUCUUCACAGCAACGGAUAUAUUUCUGUUCCAUUUCACAUUAGAUCCGUGGGUGGCACAAUGCUUAGAUAUUCCUCCAAGUGGCUAUCCAAAAAUGCAUGAAACUAGUCACUUUACACGUGUGUGCAGUCGGAAGAGGAAUUUGUUUGCGUAGUAAUAAUUUGUCCAUAAGUAUUUAUACCUUGCAGUGAUUCUUGUUCUUGUAGAAUAUAAUCACUAGUCUUAACUACCAAUGUGAUUCUGAAAAUGCAGAAGCACUUACAAUAAUCAUGCAAUACAUGUACUUCAGUUUACUUACGUAAGUUAUAAACUCAAAAUAAAAUAUAU